GGAUGAUCCACUGUCUGCUGGAGCCACAGGAGUGAUGCUGCCCCAGGUGCUGCCCCUGGCCUUGCUACUCCUGGCCACCUGCACCUUCGGUCAGUUCGCAGUCUUCCUACAGCGCCAUGUUGACCAGCCCAAGUCACAGGUCCCAGGAGGGCCGAGGCAAUACUGCAAUGUGCUGAUGCAGCGCCGCAGGCUCAACACGGGGAACCACUGCAAACCCCUCAACACCUUCAUCCACGAGAACCAGGGAGCUCUGGUCGCCCUGUGCCGCACCCCGGCCGGGCCAUGCCGCAACCCAAAGAAGAAAAACUGUCACCGCAGCCCCCAGAGACUGAAUGUCACCGACUGCAAGGUCAUCCCCGGUAGCCAGCCCCCCAAUUGCCGGUACCACUCCUUAGCCCAGUCCCGCAACAUCGUUGUGGCCUGUGUUGGGGGGCAGCCUGUCCAUCUCGAUGGGUAGAGGUAUCGCCUGCCCUCCCCCCAUCAAGAAUCUCAAGAGCUUUUCCCUAACAGAGGCCCUGGACCCUCCCUGAUCCCCCCUCACCCAGCAGUGAGGUUUCAGCAUUCCCCCUGAGUUUCUGUGCAGCCCCUCCCCUUAACCCCACUAUUCCCUGGAAGUUUUGUUUUUGAUGUAAUAAAUCUGCUUCCUGCCC